UGGCACGACGCCGUGCCGUGCAGUGCCAGCAGUCCGACCAAAUCAUAGCCUAAUCACACCGCAAACCACGUAAGCCCGCGCCCUGGCCGCUCCAGUGGUGCUGCGGGUAUAAAUUAUUCUGGCAAUGGAGCCAUGGACUGAGAGCUAGAAGCUAGGUAGUGAGACAUCUCUCUUCCCCGUGCACAUCUCCAUCUUCGUCAAUUCCUUGAUCAAGCCGAGCCGCGCCGCGCGCGUAUGGCGUUGGAGGCCGUGGUGUUCUCGAAAGGGUUCUUUGGGCGCUGCGCCAUGGCUGCCGAAGGAGUAGGAGGAGGCGGUGGAGUUUGGGGCGGGAAUGAGCACGGGCACGGCGGUGGCGUGGAGUUGGACGGAAGCAACGCCCACUGCGGCGCCGCGGUUGCGAGCGCCUCCGUGAUGAUCCCGAGCGCCGAAGUCCCGGAAGGCAGUUCCUCCUUGCUGGCGCUGCCGCCGCCGGGGCACGGCGGUGACCGUGGAGACGCGGACGACGGUGCCGUGGGCGCGGCGUCGGCGUCAGGUGCGGCAGGGAGGAGGAAGCGGCGAAGAGCCAGGAGCGUAAAGAACAUUGAGGAGGCGGAGAGCCAGCGGAUGACCCACAUCGCCGUCGAGCGCAACCGCCGCAAGCAGAUGAACGAGUACCUUGGCGUGCUCCGGUCCCUCAUGCCGGCUUCCUAUGUGCACAGGGGCGACCAGGCAUCCAUAAUUGGCGGCGCGAUCAACUACGUCAAGGAGCUGGAGCAGCUAGUUCAAUCCCUGGAGGCGCACCGGCACGCCCGCCUACGCGACGACUGCCCCGUCAGCGGCGACGUCGAUUCCGCCGCCGCAGUGCCCUUUGUAGACUUCUUCACCUUCCCGCAGUACACGAUGAGCGUCCGCCACGCCCCGGCCACACCAGCAGCAGACGCCUCUGCGGACGGCAGCGGCGGCAAUGCCGACAACGACGGGACGUCGGGCUCGAAGCAGUCGGCCGUGGCGGACAUCGAGGUGACCAUCGUGGAGAGCCACGCGAGCCUGAAGGUGCUGUCGCGGCGGCGGCCUAGGCAGCUGCUGAGGAUCGUGGCGGGGCUGCAGGGCCACCGGCUCGCCGUGCUGCACCUCAACGCCACCAGCGCCGGCCACAUGGCGCUCUACUGCCUCAGCCUCAAGGUACGUACGUACCACAGACUCCCCAUGCUAGCUAGCUGUAGCCGUUUCUUUUUCGAGACCGUUCGCUCGCUUGGCAGCGCGCGCGUGACGCCGAAACAACUAACUUGCCUCGUUUUCCGCGCCCUUGUCCGGGACGGCUCCUCCAAAACAUCACACCUCCGCGUGUUUCACCGCAAAGAUGAAGCUGCAUUAUUGUUUUGACGCUAGAUGAAGUGCUGCAUGGAUUGACUGCCGUAGUACGACUGCAGGAUCAUCGAACGUCCAUUUCUUUGUGUCGUAGCCUCGUAGUACGUAGCAAAUGAAUUCAUGUGAGCCGCUCUGUGUCUGGUUGAUGAUGCCAUGCAUGAUG